AGAAGGGGGUGGCCGUGCCACAGGAGACAAUCCAGGGGGGGGGUGUUUCCCAGCGGGGACGGGACCUAUCAGACCCGGGCCACCAUCGAGAUCGACCCCAGCAGUGAGACUGAUUAUACCUGCUGUGUGGAGCACCCCAGCCUGCUGGAGGAUCUGAGAGUGCCCUGGGAGCCCAGCUCUUCGCUGAUCCCCAUCGUGGUUGGAGUUCUCGCUGCCCUCGCCCUCGUCAAGGGUGUGGUAAUCGGAGUUGUCGUCUGGCGAAAGAAGUCAGGGAAAAAGGGAGCCGGCUACUCGCCUCCAGGAAGUGACCAUGGAUAUGACACCUCUGCACAAGGUAGUGUGAUUAACGAAGGGGUCCCGAGCUCAGGGGAUUUGCUGCUCUCACUGAGGCCUCUAGGGAGGACCCUGCCCUGUGGUUAAACCCAGCGGCACCCAGGCACUGCCCUUUGGGAUCUAAGAGCUACCAGCCAUGUCACAAACCAGCCCUAGGGAGCCCAGCAGGACGGCGCUGGACUUCGCAGUAGCCCUUGCUGGGGUGCAGGGAAUGGGGUUGGGGGGGGAUUCUGCAGCCACUUCUCCCUUCUGCGCUCUCUGUGGGGUGGAUUUAGACAGCAGGAACUCGGGGGUUCUCUGGCCAUAGGGAAGGGGCCGGGAUGAGCCAUUGACCCAGGGUUGGCCGUGAUCAGUUGUUAUAAUGAAUCCCUGUGCCGUAGGCAGUGCAGCUCCCAGCUAGACCGCCCUGGGUAGAACCCGGGAUAUUGGGCUCCAGACCCACAGGCCUCUGCUGUGUGAGUCAAGGGAGCGACUCCAGCAGCUGUCAGCAGUAUUAGGGCUCUUGUCCUGCUAGUCACACCCACCAGAGGGCGACAGUCACACACCCCUGCACACUUAGUGCUUGUCUACCUGAGAGAGCCGCACACGACGGUGUGAACGGAAACCCGAUCUUUAGUUAAAGCCGUGCAAACCCCUGUGUAGACAUCUUGUCUACAUGGU